UACCAAGCAAGCACCGUGCAACGGCUGCUGAGCUAAUCUAGGAAGGCGGGGGGAGCAGUUCGUCUGAAACGAGUUGAAACGAUAGAGUACGGUACUGCUAGAGAAGAUGUGGAGGCGAAGAGCAGAGGAAUUUCCUCUACCGGCUCAGCCACGGGAGUAUUUUGGUGUCGGCGGAGCCUCUUGUGCUGCUUGGAAGGUCGAAGCGGCUCCUGGGAGAUAAAGGAGAUGCCAAGAAGAGGACUUUGGACAAUAGAGAAUAAGAAGCAGCAUUAAAAUGUAAAACAACCCAUCAGUAAAAAUGCUUUCCACUUCGUCUGCAAAUUGUAAAAAAAACUCCUCCUUCCUCAGCAGAUGAGAGACAAGUGAGAGAAUAAAAAGAAGAAAGUUUCCACCUGGAAAAAAAAUAAAAAUCUCUGGAACUCAAGAAAACAUUACAUGAAAAGUCAAGGAGGAUAAUUUCCAAAUAAGGGAAAAGAGGGAAAUACCUGGAAGUCAGUAGGAAGGGAAUAUAUCCCUUGGAUAGCCAAAAAUGGGCAGACAUUAAUAAAAGACUGUAGAAGGAAAUAAUGGCUUGAAUCAAAGAACUUGCAAAUAAAUCACAAAUAUUUUUCGUCUCCUCAAGAAUCCAAAAAUAUCACUUUUUGAAAACACUCCACAGAGUGCCUAUUGUGGAAAAAACACAGCUUGCUGAUCACAGCUAAUUAUGCAGAAGAGGAUCCACACAGUGAAAAUGAUACAAAUGUUUGGAGUGCGGCCAAUGCUUUACUCACAAAAGCUUCCUCGUGAUUCAUGGAAGGAUCCAAACCGGAGAGAAACUACCAGUGCUUCCAGUGCAACAAAAGAUUAAGUAUGAAUACCAAUGUGGUGAGACAUAAGAGGAUUCAAACUUGGGUGACAAACUUUGAAUGCCCUGUUUGUGGGAAAUGUUUCACACAGAAUUCUGAUAUGGUGAUACACCAGAUGUCUCACAAGGCAGAGAAACCAUACAAGUGUUCUAAAUGCGAAAAAAGUUUCAAUUGGAUUUGUCGCCUGAAGAUACACCAGAGGAGUCACAAAGGAGAAAAUCCAUACGAGUGUCAAGAUUGUGGGAAAGGUUUCAAUUGGAAUUCUCUACUGGUGGAACAUCAGAGGAUUCACACAGGAGAAAAACCCUAUGAGUGUCCUGAUUGCGGAAAAGAUUUCUCUCGGAAAUCUGACCUAGUGAAACAUCAGAGGACUCACACAGGAGAGAAACCAUAUAAAUGUCGUGACUGUGGGGAAAGUUUCAGUCAUAAUUCCUACCUGGUGAAACACCAGAGGACUCAUACGGGAGAGAAAUCGUAUGAGUGUUCAGAUUGUGGGAAAGAUUUGAGUUGCAGUUCCGCCCUAAUUAAACAUCAGAGGACUCACACAGGAGAGAAACCAUAUAACUGUCUUGAUUGUGGAAAAAGUUUCAGUCACAAUUCCUAUCUGGUGAAACACCAGAGAACUCACAUGCAAGAGAAACCAUAUGAGUGUUCAGAUUGUGGAAAAGCUUACAAGUCGAAUUCUUACCUAGCGACACACCAAAAGAUUCACACAGGUGAAAAACCAUAUGAGUGUUUGCAGUGUGGGAAAAGUUUCAUUCAAAAUUGCAACCUUGUGAGACAUCACAGGAUUCACACUGGAGAGAAACCAUUUAAGUGUCCAGAUUGUGGGAAAGGUUUCACUCAGAAUUGUGACAUGGUAAUACACCAAAGGACUCACAUGAAAGAGAAACCGUAUGAGUGUUCAGAUUGUGGGAAAGGUUUCAGUUGCAGUUCUGACCUCCUGAUGCAUCAGAAGACUCACACAGGAGAGAAAUCAUAUAGCUGUCCUGAUUGUGAGAAAUCUUUCAGUCAGAAUUCCUACCUUGUGAAACACCAAAGGACUCACACAGGAGAGAAACCAUAUAAAUGUCAUGAUUGUGGGAAAAGUUUCAGUCAGAAUUCCUACCUAAUGAAACAUCAGAAAACUCACAUGGCAGAGAAACUGUAUGAGUGUUCAGAGUGUGGGAAAAGUUUCAGUCAAAAUUCCUACCUGGUGAAACAUCAGAGGACUCACACAGGAGAGAAACCAUAUAAGUGUAUUGAUUGUGGGGAAAGUUUCCAUCUGAAUUCUCACUUGGUGGUACACCAGACAAUUCACACAGAGGACAAACUGUAUCAGUGUGUGAAUUGUGGUAAAAGUUUCACUCGGAAUUCUGAUCUGGUGAUACACCAGAGGACUCACACAGGAGAAAAAUUAUAUGAGUGUGUGUUUUGUGGAAAAAGUUUCAGUCAGACUGCCAACCUGGUGCAACACCAGAAUACUCACACAGGAGAAAAACCAUAUGAGUGCCUGGAUUGUGGGAAAAGAUUCAGUUGGAAUUUCCACCUGGUGAUACACCAGAAGACUCACACAGGGGAGAAACUGUACGAAUGUCCAGAAUGUCAGGAAAGUUUCGUUAUUAAGUCUGAACUGGUGAAACACCAGAAGAUUCAUAGAGGAGAGAGAUUGUAUGAGUGUCCUGAUUGUGGGAAAAGCUUCCCUCGAAAUUCCAAGCUGUUGAGACACCUGAGAACUCAUACGGGAGAGAAACCAUAUGAGUGUCUGCAUUGUGGGAAAAGUUUCAGUCAGAAAUCUAACCUAGUGGUACAUCAGGAGACUCACACAGGAGAAAAACCAUAUCAGUGUCCAGAUUGUGGGAAACGUUUCAAUCAGAAUUCCUACUUGGUGAAACACCAGAGGAUUCACAGCGGAGAAAAACCGUAUAAGUGUCUUGAAUGUGGGAAGAGUUUCAGUCGGAAUUCCCAUUUGGUGAUACACUUGAGGAGUCACACAGGAGAGAAGCCAUAUGAAUGUCCAGAUUGUGGGAAAGAUUUCCGUUAUAUGUCUACCCUUAUAAAUCAUGUAAGGACUCACACUGAGGAGAAAAUCUUUGAAUGUCCUGAUUGUGGGAAAACGUUUAGUCAGAAUUCCAUCCUGCUGAUACAUAAGUGGGUUCACACAGGAGAGAAACCAUAUGAAUGCCAAGAUUGUGGGAAAAGUUUCAGUUGGAAUUCUCUCCUGGUAGAACAUCACAGAAUUCACACAGGAGAGAAACCAUAUGAGUGUCCUGAUUGUGGAAAAGAUUUCUCUCGGAAAUCCGACCUGGUGAAACACCAGAGGACUCACACAGGAGAGAAACCGUAUGAAUGUUCAGAUUGUGGAAAAGGUUUCAAGGGGAAUUCUGACCUGGUGAUACACCAAAGGAUUCACACAGGUGAAAAACCAUAUGAGUGUCUACAAUGUGGGAAAAGAUUCAUUCAAAAUUUCCACCUUGUGCGACAUCAGAGGACUCAUACAGGAGAGAAACCAUAUAAGUGUCCUGAUUGUGGGAAAAGUUUCACUCAGAAUUCUGACCUGGUGAUACACCAGAGGACUCACACACAAGAGAAACCGUAUGAGUGUUCAGAUUAUUGUGAGAAGAGUUUCACUCAAAAUUCCAAGUUGUUGAGACAUCACAGGACUCACACAGGAGAGAAACCAUAUAAGUGUUCAGAUUGUGGGAAAAGUUUCAGUCAGAAUUCCAACCUGGUGAUACACCAGAAAACUCACACAGGAGAAAAACCAUAUCAGUGUCCAGAUUGUGGGAAAGGUUUCACUCAGAAUUCCUACCUGGUGAUACAUCGAAAAACUCACACUGGAGAAAAACCAUAUCAGUGUCCAGAUUGUGGGAAAAAAUUCUGUCAUAAUUCCUACUUAGUGAAACACCAGAGGACUCACACUGGAGAGAAACCAUAUGAGUGUCUUGAAUGUGGGAAAAGUUUUGCUUGGAAUUCCCAUUUGGUGAUACACCAGAGGAGUCACACAGGAGAGAAACCAUACGAAUGUCCGGAUUGUGGGAAAGAUUUCAGUAGUAGAUCUAACCUUAUAAAUCAUGUAAGAACUCACACAGGAGGAAAACCAUAUCAGUGUUCAGAUUGUGGGGAAAGCUUCAGUCACAAUUCCUAUCUGAUGAAACACCAGAUAAUUCACACAGGAGAAAAAACGUAUGAGUGCCUUGAGUGUGGGAAGAGUUUCGUAAGGAAUUCCAGUUUGGUGAUACACUGGAGGACUCACACAGGAGAAAAACCAUAUGAAUGUCCGGAUUGUGGGAAAGAUUUCAGUAGUAGUUUCACUAGGAAUUCUCACCUGGUGAUACACCAGAGGACUCACACAGGAGAGAAACCUUAUAAGUGUCGUGAUUGUGGGAAAAGUUUCUCUCGGAAUUACAACCUGGUGCUACACCAGAGGACUCACACAGAAGAAAAACCAUAUCAGUGUCCAGAUUGUGGGAAAAGUUUCAGUCAGAAUUCCUAUCUGGUGAAACACCAGAAGACUCACACAGGAGAGAAACCCUUUGAAUGUCCUGAUUGUGGGAAAAGUUUUAGAGAGAAUUCUUACCUGGUAAAACACCAGAGGACUCACACAGGAGAAAACCGAUAUGAGUGUCUGGAUUGUGAGAAAACUUUCAAGCAGAAUUCUCACCUAGUGAUACACCAGAGGACUCACACAGGAGGGAAACCAUAUAAGUGUCGUGAUUGUGGGAAAGGUUUUUCUCGGAAUUUCAACCUGGUGAUACACCAGAGAACUCACACAGGAGAAAAACCAUAUGAGUGUCUUUUUUGUGGGAAAAGUUUUAUUCGAAAUUCCUACCUAUUGAAUCACCAGAGGACUAAUACAGGAGAAAACCCAUAUGAGUGUCUGGAAUGUAGGAAAACUUUCAUUCGAAAGUGUGACUUGGUGAUACACCAGAAGACUCACGCAGGAGAGAAAUUAUAUGAGUGUCCUGAUUGUGGGAAAAAUUUCACUCGGAAUUCCAAGCUGGUGAUACACCAGAGAACUCACACGGGAGAGAAACCAUAUGACUGUCUAUAUUGUUUGAAAAGUUUCAGUCAGAAUUCCAACCUGUUGAUACACCAGAGAACUCACACAGGAGAAAAACCAUAUCAGUGUUCAGAUUGUGGGGAAAGUUUCAGUCAGAAUUCUUAUCUGGUGAAACACCAGAGGAUUCACACAGGAGAAAAACCAUAUGAGUGUAUGGAAUGUGGGAAAAGUUUCAAGUCGAAUUCUCAUCUGGUGAUACAUCAAAGGAUUCACACAGGAGAGAAACCAUAUGAGUGUCUGCAGUGUGGAAAAGGAUUCAUUCAAAAUUCCCUCCUUUUGCGACAUCACAGGACUCACACAGGAGAGAAACCAUAUAAGUGUCCAGAUUGUGGGAAGAGUUUCAGUCAGAGUUUUGACAUGGUGUUGCACCAGAGGACUCACACCCAAGAGAAACCGUAUGAGUGUUCAGAUUGUGGGAAAGGUUUCAGUUGUAAUUCUGACCUGGUGAAACACCAGAGGACUCACACAGGAGAGAAGCCAUAUAAAUGUCAUUGUGGGAAAAGUUUCAGUCAGAAUUCCUACCUGGUGAAACACCAGAGGACUCACAUGGGAGAGAAACUGUAUAAGUGUUCAGAUUGUGGGAAAGGUUUCAGUUGUAAUUCUGACCUGGUGAAACACCAGAGGACUCACACAGGAGAGAAGCCAUAUAAAUGUCAUUGUGGGAAAAGUUUCAGUCAGAAUUCCUACCUGGUGAAACACCAGAGGACUCACAUGGGAGAGAAACUGUAUAAGUGUUCAGAUUGUGGGAAAGGUUUCAGUUGUAAUUCUGACCUGGUGAAACAUCAGAAGACUCAUACAGGAGAGAAACCUUAUGAGUGUUCAGAUUGUGGAAAAAGUUUCAAAUCUAAUUCUGAUCUGGUGAUACACCAAAGAAUUCACACAGGUGAAAAACCGUAUAAAUGUCAUUGUGGGAAAGGUUUCAGUUGUAAUUCUGGCCUGGUGAACCAUCAGAGGACUCACACUGGAGAGAAACCGUAUGAGUGUCCGGUGUGUGGGAAAGAUUUCUCUUGGAAAUCUGACCUGGUGAAACACCAGAGCAUUCACAUAGGAGAGAAACCAUAUGAGUGUUCAGAUUGUGGAAAAUGUUUCGACUCUAAUUCUCAUAUGCUAAUACACCAAAGAAUUCACACAGGUGAAAAACUGUAUGAGUGUCUGCAGUGUGGGAAAAGUUUCAUUCAAAAUGCCUUCCUUUUGCGACAUUACAGGACUCACACAGGAGAGAAACCAUAUAAGUGUCCAGAUUGUGGGAAAAGUUUUAGUCAGAAUUUUAACAUGGUGAUACACCAGAGGACUCACACAGGAGAGAAACCGUAUGAGUGUUCAGAUUGUGGGAAAAGUUUUAGUAAGAAUUCCUACCUGAAGGAACACCAGAGGACUCACACUGGAAAAAAAAGGUAUCCGUGUCUUGAAUGUGGAAAAAAAUUCACUUGGAACUCCAAGCUGUUGAGACACCAGAGAACUCACACGGGAGAGAAACCAUACGAGUGUCUCUAUUGUGGAAAACGUUUCAAUCAGAAUUCCCACCUGGCAAUACACCAGAAAACGCACACAGGAGAAAAACCAUAUCAGUGUCCAGAUUGUGGGAAAAGUUUCAGUCAGAAUUUCUAUCUGGUGAUACACCAGAAAACUCACACAGGAGACAAACCCUAUCAGUGUCCAAUUUGUGGGAAAGGUUUCUGUUACAAUUCCUACUUGGUGAAACAUCAGAGGACUCACACAGGAGAGAAACCGUAUGAGUGUCUUGAAUGUGGGAAAAGUUUUAGUUGGAAUUCCAGUUUGGUGAUACACUGGAGGACUCACACAGGAGAGAAACCGUAUGAAUGUCCAGAUUGUGGGAAAGAUUUCCGUUAUAGGACUAGUCUUAUAAAUCAUGUAAGGUUACACAUAGGGGAGUAACCCUAGAUUGCACACAGUGUUUCACACAAAGUUCCUCCCUUAUCACACAAGAAAUUUCACAUGAAGCAACAUUUGAUGUGUGUAGAGGAAUGUUGAAUUU